AUGAGUGAUGAUUGCGUUGAAAUGAAAAAGAAGGAAGCAGAAGAUCCAGCAGCAGCUGAAGAUCAGAAGAAAGCUGAAACACCGACAGACGAGCCAAAAAAAGAGGAGAAUGAGCCAACAAAGAAGGAGGAGAAAUUGCCAGAGGCGAGGGAUAUUGUGGAGGAUGAGACAUUGUUCAAGAGUCUUCAACAACUUCCAUAUUAUCAUGGAUUUUUGCCGAGGGAGGAUUUGCGAAUCUUACUUCGAAAUGAUGGCGAUUAUUUGAUUCGUGUCAGCGAGGUAACAACCGCCAAAAAUGAUGCGAAGGAGAUCAAGAGAGAUCUGAUCUUAUCGGUUUUCGAAUGCUCGCAAGAACCCGGUGGUCCUGUACAAUCAACAAUGACCGAUGUGAACAUGAAUCAAGAUCAAAAAUCGGAAAUCACAUUCGAGGGUAAGAUGCGCAACAUGGUGGUUCGUCGCUAUAACGGUAAAUUUGGUAUCGAGAUCUCGCUGUCGUUCGAAAACAUCUCGAAAUUGAUCGCAUAUUAUCAUUUGAAUGGUACGUCGGCGAAAAAGAACCGUUUUCUCAAGAAUCCGGUUAAAUUGCACAGUUGGGAGUAUAAACAUACGGAUAUCAAGUUGGGUAGUUUGUUGGGCGAAGGAGCGUAUGGUGAGGUUCGGACUGGAAUUCUCAAGAGAAAGGGCAAAGAGGUGGAGGUGGCUGUGAAGCUGGUGAGUUCGCUGUGGGUUUUUUAGGCUCAAAUUUAAAACCUUAAACUUCAGGCUUAUUCAGGGACCGUAUUUAUAAAAGUGGUAUACCAAAAAUUGCUCAAUUUUUGGUACACCAAAUUUUUCUUCAUUAAUUUUCGGUGUAGCACUUUUUUGGCAGAAUAAGCCUGAAUUUUGGCCUUAAAUUUAAGGGCUUUAAAUUUGGAUUUUUGAGCCUAAGCGGCUUUGCUAAGAUAAGGCUUAGGCUAAGCUCAAGCGACUUUGCUAAGAUAAGGCUUAGGCUAAGCCUAAGCGGCUUUGCUAAGAUAAGGCUUAGCCUAAGCCUAAGCGGCUUUGCUAAGAUAAGGCUUAGGCUAAGCUCAAGCGACUUUGCUAAGAUAAGGCUUAGCCUAAGCCUAAGCGGCUUUGCUAAGAUAAGGCUUAGGCUAAGCUCAAGCGACUUUGCUAAGAUAAGGCUUAGGCUAAGCCUAAGCGGCUUUGCUAAGAUAAGGCUUAGCCUAAGCCUAAGCGGCUUUGCUAAGAUAAGGCUUAGGCUAAGCUCAAGCGACUUUGCUAAGAUAAGGCUUAGCCUAAGCCUAAACGACUUUGCUAAGAUAAGGCUUAGGCUAAGCAUAAGCGGCUUUGCUAAGAUAAGACUUAAGCUAAGCCUAAGCGAUUUUGCUAAGAUAAGGCUUAGGCUAAGCCUAAGCGGCUUUGCUAAGAUAAGGCGUAGGCUAAGCCUAAGCGGUUUGCUAAGAUAAGGCUUAGGCUAAGCCUAAGCGAUUUUGCUAAGAUAAGGCUUAGGCUUAGCCUAAGGCCCAAGGCUCAAAAACAUUGAGGAAAAAAUUAAUUACUGUACCAAAAAUUCCCAAACUUCCAAUUUCCAGAUGAAAGGCGGUGACUUGAACAAGGUAAAAAUCCGCGAAAUGAUGAAAGAAGCUCGCCUCAUGCGCGCAUUCAAACACAAAAACGUGGUGCGCUUCUACGGUGUCGCAGUCGAUGAGCAACCUCUAUACAUUCUUCUCGAAUUGGUCAAAGGCGGUGGUUUGAACUCAUUCCUCCAGAAGAACAAGAAGGUUUCCACCUACGAUUUGAUGAAUAUGUGCCUUGGAGCAGCUCUUGGUUUGGAAUAUUUGCACGCGAAUAAUUGUAUUCAUCGUGAUAUCGCCGCAAGAAAUUGCCUGUAUUCUGUGGACAAAAUUGUGAAGCUUUCGGAUUUUGGGUUGUCUCGAAUUGGAAAUGCCUAUAAAUUGGCAACUUCGCAAAAACUUCCCAUCAAAUGGCUCGCCGCCGAAACAAUUACAACACUCUUUUUCACAUUCAAAACUGAUGUUUAUAGUUAUGGUGUGAUGUGUUAUGAGAUAUUCUCGGAAGGCGAAGAACCGUGGGAUAAUAUUACAAAUACAGAAGCCAAGAGGAAUGUCGUAAAUGGAAAACAUUUGCAAAUUCCCGAUUCGUGUCCAGAGAAGUUUCGAAGUUUUAUCUAUGAGAAGGUUUAUGUGAGCGAUCCGAAGAGACGUGUAACAAUGCAAGAUAUUGUCAGAUAUAUGGAGCCGCUUUUGACUGAAGUUCAAGCUGAGGUAGAGUUACGAUAACUUGAGAAAAUCUAACCGAAUCUAACCAAAUUUAGGACAAAUUGAAGGCUGACAAGAGUUGCGCGAGAUCAAUGUAUGCGGCGGUUAGCACUAUUGAUAAGCCGACUCCAAACAAAUCGACGAACAAAGUGAAAACGGCGCCGAAGAAGGUCAAAAAGAUUUCUCAUCCAGGAAAUCAUAAUAUGAUUGAGAAGUAA